CGCCCACCCGGCACCCAUGGGCUCGCUCGUGGCCAAGCUCCUGCUCCCCACGCUCAGCAGCCUGGCCUUCCUCCCCACCAUCAGCAUCGCGGCCAAGCGGCGCUUCCACAUGGAAGCCAUGGUUUACUUCUUCACCAUGUUCUUCAUCGCGAUCUACCACGCCUGCGACGGCCCCGGCUUGUCGGUGCUGUGCUUCAUGCGCUACGACAUCCUGGAGUAUUUCAGCAUCUACGGGACCGCCUUGUCCAUCUGGGUGUCGCUCAUGGCCCUGGCGGAGUUCGACGAGCCCAAGAGAUCGACCUUGGUCAUGUUCGGGGUGCUCACCAUCGCCGUGAGGAUCUACCACGACCGCUGGGGCUACGGCGUCUACUCGGGACCCAUCGGCACAGCCGUCCUCACCAUAACCGUGAAAUGGCUCCAGAAGAUGAAAGAGAAGAAGGGUCUGUACCCAGACAAGAGCGUCUACACGCAACAGAUCGGUCCUGGCUUCUGUUUUGGAGCACUAGCACUGAUGCUGAGGUUCUUCUUCGAGGAGUGGGAUUACACCUACGUGCACAGCUUCUACCACUGCGCCCUGGCCAUGUCCUUCGCGCUGCUGCUGCCCAAGGAGAACAAGAAGGCCGUGGGCGCCGGCAGCCCCGCGCGCCUCGACUGCUCCACGCUCUGCUGCUGCGUCUGA